AGAGAGAGAGACUCAUGGCGUCGUCCGUAUCGGCGGGAUGUCCGACUGUCGUGUGUGUGUGUAUGUGUGAGUGAGGGAGGCCGUACGCGGCGGGAAACGUCCCUCUCUCGUAGUACUACGCGGAACGCGAAUGAUACGUUACCGUCUUUCUCGUUUCUCCCGGACGUCGUUGGCCGUUUGCACGCGCGUGACGUAUAAUAGCGUGAACACGAUUGUGCUUGGGGGAGAGGGAGAGAAUUACGCGAAGUGCUCGGACGAAAGGCAUUCUGUUGUCACCGACAACGAGACUGUAGCGGGACGAUCGGUUUGUUUUGUUUAUUAGUCACAUUUGAAUCAACAAUAUUAUAUAAUCCAAUGCGAAGUCUCUCGGAGCGUAAGUGUCGUCUUACAGUUUUCGUCGAAACUUAAUCUUAGAUCCUGAAUCGAUUCGCGUAUCGAAGAUCGAAAGGGCGAAAUCGUUUAAGGAUCGCGAGAUGCUCGCGGGCGAGCCGAUGCCUCUCGAUAAACGAUGCGGAUGACACAGAAGAAAAAAGAGAAACUGAUAACAUCGCGCCGCAUUUAAUACGGUAAGAACGGUUUGGUGAAAACUCGUUCCGUCGAAGUGUGUGCGUCGAAAGCGGGGGUGGAAUUACUGUGCGCGAAACGCGAAUUAACGACGAGGCGAGUAUUUAUCAUCGACAUUUGGCGCAACAUGGAUUACCAGCGGCUCCUGUCCAACAACAAUAACAAUUAUCCCACGCAUCACAAUUGGUUCCCGAAGAUGUGCUCCUGCAUCGACGGCUCCACGCUGCCGAACAAUCGGGCAGUCGGUCGGUCUACAAGUUACGAAAGGCUCGGCUCCAAUCUCACAAUCUUCGAACUCAGUAGCAGCCCGAUGCGUAGGAGUCGGAGAGGUAACCAGGAUUUGAUCGACAGUGAGAGACAGGAAGAAUUGCGAUUCUACAACAACGAUCAUUCAUUUACCACUGUGGUUGUGGAGAAGGAUCUGCGAACAAUCGAUCUAUGCGAGUUGCUCAAAGUCAAGAGGAACGUAAUCGGCGCUGCCUGGUCGAUAAUCGAGAUCUGGCCGAAAUUGGGAAUCGAGCGUACAUUAGAAGACAAUGAGGACAUUCUUGCUGUUCAUAGAGAACUGGAAAUGUUCGCCUCGCGCUAUGAGAGGAGGUUUUACUUCAGUGAAGACUUCCUCAAGUACGAACCAUUCGUCGAUCCUAAGCAAUUCUUUCCUGCCGACAUGGUCGCGUUUCCCAGCGGAGAGGACAGGAGUACAUUUAUUGAUGCUGAGAACGCGUUAAAGAAUUAUCUGUUACGGGAGGAUGGUGACUGCCCGCAGGUAUUCAGUAUGGUGUGGAUGCGGCACGUGAAUUCAAACGGUUGGAGGAAAAUGUAUAUGUUGCUUCAAGGCCGGAAACUGUACACGACGAAAAAGACCAUCGCGACGCUACCGAAACGGCCUCUGGACAGCGAACAUCUAAUCACGCUCGCGCACUUGUCGGACUACAACAUCUACAGAAUACCGAACGCCAAGCGAGUUUUCGGCGCACCCUUCGAGUGGGGCGUCUGCCUGAGGCCGAACAGCAACGCCGAGGCCGAGGACACGGAGGCUGGGGAGCCCGGGAUCAAGGUCAUUGCUUUCGAAAACGAAAAAUCGCGCGCCUGCUGGCUCACAGCCAUGAGACUCGCUAAGUACGGCAAACAGCUCCGUGAGAAUUACCGAGCCUUCAAGAACAAGCAGUGCGAGCAGAACGGCAGCGGCAGCCCCAAAGAACAGUACAGCAGCUACAAUGUGUCCAACGAAUCGAUACGAUCCCGCGUGGCGAUGGAUUUUACCGGUAGUGUGGGCAGGAUAGUCGAGGAUCCCAAGGAAGCUAAGGACAUAGCCGAGAACGAGGGUAUGAUUUGGCGACGGAGAUGGCGACCAUUCUCCCGUACGCCACCGGGUUGCGCUAUGAUGAGGCUGCACGGUCUCGACGGUGGCAUACACGUUCUUCAACCUUGGUUUCACGGCGGUCUCAAGAGGGAUGUCGCGGCGGCCAUCAUAAGGGAUCACGGUAGUGUCGAUGGCGUGUUUCUGGUCAGAGAGAGCAAAAGCAACCCGGGAGCCUUCGUUCUGACCUACAAGUACAACGACAAGGUCUUUCACGCGCAAAUUCAACCCAUUUUUGACGAACGUCGCAACUGCUGGUUAUACACUCUCGACAAGGGGGCGACCAAGUUCUACGACUUGCUACAGCUGGUCGAGUUUUAUCAGCUGAACGCGGGCUCGCUGCCCACCCGGUUGACCCACUACGUGCAGAACGGGGUGAAGCCGCCGCUGCACAAGCCGGAGGACGGCGGUGCCUCGCCAUCACCGCCUGAGGGCAGCAGCCAGCGAGUCAACAGCAUCGACAAGGUCGCCGAGCCGUGCGGCAAACCGAACAGCAUAUGAGUAUAGGACAGCCAGCGACCCGUCAGUGUUAUUGACGGCGAUCGUCUGCCGACCGUUUGCGUCACCACCAACGGACCCCUCGUCCCCAUCACCGACAACAUCGUGAUGGUGCAUCGUAGCAGUAACAACAACAACAAGCACCUGGGGAACGAUAACAAUGGUAGUGAUGACGACAACGGAAACCGCGACGACGUCCGCGCGACACGGUCGGGUUGCUGGAGCCUAUGUCUUUGCAGUUAUAACAAAUGGGAUUUGUAGCGCGAUCGGAAUAGUAGCAGGACGAUAUUCGAGCUCGCAUGAAAAAGGAAGACGGUUGUCUUGUUGCGAAGACAAACAGGAGUGAGAUAAAAGAAGAGAGAGGCUGUGCGGCUUGAGCAUCAUCCUCUGAUCGCGAUUUGUUUUAAUAAGCAGCGCAGCGUGUGUGUGUGUAACGUCACUGGGUCGGCUGACCCCGUGCAAAAGAAUGACCAAUUUUUGGGCGCGAGAUAAUAAACAAAGGAGAUAUGAUCGCCGCGAGAAAAAAAAGCGUAGGAUCGCUGUGGUACGAGAAGUUUUAUUUUUACUUUGAUUUUUCACGUUCAUUCUGUUGUUCUACUCACACGGAUAAUGUCCAGAGUAGCGGCGCGGCGCGAUAUCCGCCGACAGCGAUCCUCGCACGGUAACGAAAAAACCUCUUCGAUGUUUUUAAUCGUACAUUACUGUGUUAGUCGUCGUGUAAUAAAGGAUCCAUCUUGUCGUCUAGACUUCUCCAAAGACCCUUUUCCCUUUUCGUUAUCUUUUCACUUAAGAUUUUCAGCGAUAAGCGCGUCUAGACGAUCAAAGAAGCAUCACGUAUUCGUUUUUCCCAUUUUUUUUUUCCUUUCCAUUUACUACAUGUCCACGUUUGCACAAACAUGGCGCGUAUGACUAGAUUACUAAUCGCGCGCGACGACAUUGUCAUUCGCAAAGUUAUUCAGUAUGAAGAAGGGAAAGGCGCGCGAUCGCGCGCACGUGUAUGUAUGCAUAAUGAUGCGUGAUGUGAAUUAUUUGGAUGCGAGAGAAAGAAAGUGGCUAGGUAAGUGUUGUCAUGGAGUACGAUAUAGUUGGUACUAUAUCAUAAUGAAUUAGCAAUAUAAGAGGAAUACAAAGUUUGAUCUUUCCACGUAUGCAUGUCACGAGCGCGCGUGUGUGUGUGCAUGAGACAGAGAGAGAGAGAGAGAGAGAGAGAGAGAGAGAGAGAGAAAGAGAAAGAUGCAAUAGAAGUGACACGUGAUCUUCUCAUCUUCCAUUCUUUUCUUUUUUUUUUAUAUUUUCUUUGGCGCGCAUCGUGCGUAUCGAGCGUCUCUUCUGUUUUUUUCGUUUACCCGAAGAGAAUGCGCGACAGAGUCAAUCGUGCGACUGGCUACCACACGACUUUGUCGCCUAACGACGACGACGACGACGACGAGUUUAAACGGCGAAAGAGAAGAAUCGGCCAAAAUAAGGGAGAGAAAAGAGGUGUGAAGCGUCCGCGUAUUCCGUUCAUUAGCUGUAAGGUUGUGUCAGACAAGAUUACUUGGAAACAAUAGUGUUGAGAUUCAUGGUUCCCGAGUCCAAGGUGUUCAAAAUUAAACGAGACAAGAGGGAAGACAUAAGUUUUUUCGUAGAGGUGUCUUGCGUCUUGUUUGCAAAAUUUUUAUUACAAUUUGCGAUAAACCGAAACGCGACGCGAAUUCUCCCCGCGAUACGAAGUAGGGGAGAAGCAGCAUACAUAUAUAACAUUAAUGAAUCUAAGAAAUACAAUACAAUUAGUGUAAGGAUCCUCAACGUUGAGGGCCGAGGACACGCUCGCAGAUUCUUGUGGUAUUGCAACGCGCGCCAAAAGAUAUGGAAGCGUGUCCCUUGGCAGAUAUGAUCUCAUAUUUUACAGAUGUUUCAGUUGCGUGAGGCAUUUGUUGGUAUGUAAUAUGAAUUCGGGAAGGUUCAAUUAAUUAUUACAUAAAACUGUACUAAGAAAGCGUAACAUUUUGAAAUAAGAGAACAAGAGAGAAUGAAUGAGAUAGAGUGUGAAAAAAAACGACAUGUAUAUGUACAAUGUGUAUGAAGAGAAAAAUGAAAAAGAAGUUGUGCGAAGACGAGAUUGGUCACGCGAUAAAAUACAAGAGAGAGAAAGAGAGAGGUAUAUUUAAAUACAAAAAAAUACAUACAUAUGUAUAUGCAUGUUCUAAAUUAUGCAAUUUAAUUUUGUAUUCGGGAUAUAUAUAUAUAUAUAUAUAUAUAUAUUACUAUCGAUCGCGGAAAAAAUCGAUGGUGCGAAGUUCGUGGGUGUAGCGUCACCGGAUGCGAACGUUGUCGUGCAUUCUAGAGAUUUAUAAUACAAAAGUUUUUAACGUAAUGUUUUUUCGAAUAAUAAUAUGUGUAAGUCAUAUAAGAUAUAAAAAAAAAAGCGAAUCGGUAGAAGCUGUGGAGUGUGCAGGGUAUGGACGCGAUAGAAAUUAUUUACGCAAUGUAUUACGAUUCGUCACGAAAGGAACAGUACCAAGCCCUUGCCCCUUAUAUUCGUACCUACUUUUUAAUAAUAUAUUUUUUCAUCGAUUACGUAUUUAUUUGAAAAGUCGAACGUAGCGCCUACGCGUCGUCUCUUCAAGUGGUACUUUUUGAGUAAUUCGAAGAAGUGCAGAUCUUAUACAGAUAUGUAACACACUACAAUUAACACAUACAUACACACACACACAAGAAACACUGACACAAAUCGCAUUAAAUUUUAGAAUAGUAGCGCUUUAUAGAACUAAAUAUUAGGAUAACAAAUUCUUCGUGAAUGGGUAUGAAAAAAAAGGAAAAAAAGAAAAAAAAAACAAUCUUCUGUAGAACGGUGGUCCGCCAAACGCGGCGUUCAUCCCCGAGCCGUUCGCGUGAAGUUCCUCCAUCCUCCACGAAAUUCAAGUUAAAGUCGAAUUAACGAAAUUACCUCUUGGAAUACGCUUAUCGCGCGAGAAAAGAAAUUGUCCUUUCGGCCUUUCGUGUAAAUAUGUCUAUUUAGGCCAAAAUCCCGCCACUCCCUAUCCCGAUCAUCCCGUCUAUCCGCGGCCCGUCGACAAUUUGAAAAUCAACUUUGAUAGCGGUUAAUCAAUCUUGAUUCUUCAAGUCGACACCGCGCGAAAACAUCCUCCAUCUUUCCUCUCACGAGAACCGAACGGAAAACGAGACAAACGCCGAGUUGCUCGUGGCCACCAGCGUAAAAGAAGCUAUAAAUAUUAUUAUGAUGAUUAAUUAACUACAUAAAUUAUAAUAAAAUAUAUUUUGUAUUAAUGUAGUCACGAAUUAAUACGGCAAACGCAGUGGUCUGUCAAGACUGAACCUAAAUAAGAGAACGCAAAUUAGUCCUGUGCGAAUUUCAUCGACGUCUGUUAAGAACAAUAAAAUGAUCAGGUAACGGAACGUUUA